UUACGAACAUGAUUUCCAUAAACAGACAACGAAAAACUAGUAAAAUGAGCAGAACUUUUCCGAAGACUGGUCAUAAAUUCAUCGAUUAGACAGAGGAAAGUUUUUGGUCUCUAUCGAAAUGAACUGGAUUCAACGCAAGAUCUUUCUUUACAACGUAACUUUUGGUCUCUAUAUGCUGGAUUGGUGGGAGCGUUACCUCUUCAAUACACUGGUACUCGUGUUGAUGUGGUUUAUUUUCUACAACAGUUGGCGAUACAUCAGCGAGUCCUACAAAAAGUAUCUGCGUUGAAGAAUGGCGUGGGAAAUAUCAAUACAGAGGUUAAGAGGAAGGAAUGGAUGAAGAAUUAUAAAGUGCACAUGGCAUAGUUUGCAUUCAGUUGACAUUUUCUUAUAUGGGAUUUGAGCGUUUAUAUGUAUUUUUACUCUUUUUUUCCGAAAGUAUUUGAAAUUGAUGGUACUUUCAUAGUAAUAUGCUGAGAGGCAUUUAGAGAAGAAAUUCUUGACUUGGUUUCAGAUGAAAUAUGUUUGCAUUUGAUAGCGUUUUUAAACCGCGGGUAAAGAAGGUUCUUUUUUUGUUCA